AUGAACACAAUCUCUCGUUACCAGAAUGAUAUGGGGACUGUUAAAAAGAUUAACAUGAAGUCAUGGUCAUCUAUAUUUCGCACUAAUAUAUUAACAUUUUCAAGAUAUGACACAAGUGGCCUUAUCGCAAGGGUUCGGCCUUCAAAUGAGAUUAAACUACCGCGGCUUUACUCGAGGCUAACAGCCCAAAAUCAGGUGACAUUGACGCCUCCGAGUAAAAACUUCAUUGAUGUAGGGAGAUUUGAUGCGGCUCCCCUCCAGAGAGAGGAUAAUUUGAAUCAAUCGAAUAGCAUCUGUCCCCUAGAAUUAUUAGAUCAAAUAAAUGAAAGCCCUCGAGAAAACAUUUCUAGCGAAGAUUCACUAUCUUUAUCAGGAGUAACAAUAAAAGCGCAUAACGAAAAAUCUAAAUCUUUUGAAUUAGAAGAAAAAAAAAACCGUAUCACCCCUACAACAUGGAUACCUGGCAAAAAAUGUACAAUGUUCGCGAGCAAAAAUGAUGGACUGUCAACAAUUGUCGUUGGAGGUUCCAACACUCUUGAGAAACUCGAGAAAUCUCUCCGGGAACUGCUACUUGCCCGUCCAGCUAUUACCUAUUUUGAUCAUAUGUCGCCUACGCCCUCUAACCUCCUUAUAACCUUACUCUCGAGCUAUCUUCCUUUCAUCGGGAAAUAUCAGGAUGAUGAAACCAGGAGCAAGGACGACAGGUUUUACCUCCCACUAGGCCACCACUUUGUAUAUUUCCAUUCGCAUGUUGCUUGUCGCAAUCUUCUUCCAGAUGGCACAGAUGAUUAUCAUUCACCUGGACUACCAUUUGAGCGCCGACUCUGGGUGGGUGGUACUAUCAACUUUGCUCAGCCCAUGAACUUGUUCCCUAAAAUUAAAAUGAUGUGCACAGAAAAGAUAAUUGAUGUCCGGAUCACUGGUGAGCAGGAUAAUGAGAAAAUAUAUGUUGUUACAAACCGGAAAAUUACCGACCAGCAUACUGGAAUUCUUGAUCUAAGUGAAGAUCGAACAGUGGUAUUUAUGAGAAGAAAAAAAUACGGAGUGAUAACUGAGAGGCUAAAUGCUCAGAAACCAAGAAUGGAACCCCACUACAGCGUUGUAGUACGGCCGACUCGGACACUUCUCUUCCGGUUUUCAGCGCUCACUUACAAUGCUCAUCGAAUACAUCUCGAUGAUGUAUUUUGCCGUGAGGUUGAGGGAUUGAAAAGUAUGAUUGUGCAAGGACCUUUGACAGUUGUGUUUAUGCUUGCGGUCUUAACAGAACAGCUUUUGGAGAAAUCUAGAAUAAUAUCUUUUUCCUAUCGAAAUCUUGCCCCGCUUUAUGUCGAAGAGGAUAUGAAAAUAUGUGUGAAAAUAGGAGCUAAAACAGGGGGGAAAUCAACAUGGCAUCUGUGGAUCGAGGGGCCUCAGGGCGGGUAUGCUGUUAAAGGAACUGCCACGGUAGUACGAGUAGGGGAAAAUAAUGAUGGGAUAAAUAGCUCUGGAGAAGAUAUGGCUUACGUUGAUAAUAAUUAG